AUGGCUGCCCAGUGCGUCACGAAGGUGGAGCUCAAUGUUGCCUGUGACAAUCUUCUGGACAAAGAUGUCGGGUCAAAGUCAGACCCCUUGUGUGUUCUUCUUCUGAAUACCAGUGGCCAGCAGUGGUAUGAGGUUGACCGCACCGAAAAGAUCAAGAAUUGCUUGAGUCCCAAGUUUUCCAAGACAUUUAUUAUUGAUUACUACUUCGAAGUGGUUCAGAAAUUGAAAUUUGGGAUUUAUGACAUCGACAACAAAACUAUUGAGCUGAGCGAUGACGACUUCUUAGGAGAAUUUGAAUGUACCCUGGGACAAAUUGUUUCCAGUAAGAAGCUAACUCGACCACUGGUGCUCAAAACUGGGAGACCUGCUGGAAAAGGGACCAUUACGAUUUCAGCUGAAGAGAUAAAGGAUAAUAGAGUGGUCUUGUUUGAAAUGGAAGCAAGAAAACUGGAUAAUAAGGAUCUAUUUGGAAAGUCAGAUCCAUACCUGGAGUUCCACAAACAGACAUCUGAUGGAAACUGGCUAAUGGUUCAUCGAACAGAGGUUGUUAAAAACAACUUGAAUCCUGUGUGGAGGCCUUUUAAAAUCUCUCUUAACUCCCUGUGCUAUGGAGAUAUGGACAAAAUUAUUAAGGUAGAGUGUUAUGAUCAUGACAAUGAUGGGUCCCACGAUCUCAUUGGGAUAUUCCAAACCACCAUGACAAAACUGAAAGAUGCUUCCCGAAGCUCACCGAUUGAAUUUGAAUGCAUAAACGAGAAAAAGAGGCAAAAGAAGAAAAGCUACAAAAACUCAGGUGUUAUCAGUGUGAAACAGUGUGAGAUUACAGUGGAGUGCACGUUCCUUGACUAUAUCAUGGGAGGAUGUCAGCUGAAUUUUACUGUGGGAGUGGACUUCACUGGCUCCAACGGUGAUCCAAGGUCUCCUGACUCCCUUCAUUUCAUCAGUCCCAAUGGUGUUAAUGAAUAUUUGACGGCCAUCUGGUCCGUGGGAUUGGUCAUUCAGGAUUAUGAUGCUGAUAAGAUGUUUCCCGCGUUUGGUUUUGGCGCGCAGGUGCCUCCUCAGUGGCAGGUAUCGCAUGAAUUUCCGAUGAACUUCAGUUCAUCCAACCCCUACUGUAACGGAAUCCAAGGCAUUGUGGAGGCAUAUCGGGCCUGCCUUCCUCAGAUAAAACUCUAUGGACCAACUAAUUUUUCUCCAAUCAUAAAUCACGUGGCCAGGUUUGCUGCUGCAGCCACACAACAACAGACGGCUUCACAAUAUUUUGUGCUCUUGAUCAUUACUGACGGAGUGAUCACAGACCUUGAUGAAACCAGACAGGCUAUCGUCAAUGCUGCCAAGCUGCCCAUGUCUGUCAUCAUUGUUGGCGUCGGAGGGGCCGACUUUAGCGCCAUGGAAUUUCUGGACGGGGAUAGUGGAAGUCUCCGGUCCCCAUCAGGCGAAACAGCCAUCAGAGAUAUCGUCCAGUUUGUGCCUUUCAGACAGUUCCAGAACGCUCCGAAGGAAGCGCUUGCUCAGUGUGUCCUGGCAGAGAUCCCCCAGCAGGUGGUGGGCUACUUCAACACCUACAAGCUGCUGCCUCCCAAGAACCCCGCUGCAGAAUGAAGUUGUCGGCCAGUGUCCACCGACUUCCUUCACGCCUCCUGGAGCAAAGAAUCCCUCUCUCCCUUCAGAUCAUGAGUCUGUCAUGAUUUCAAGCCCCCAGCACUUAUGAUGUAAACGUAGUUCUCUGUGGAUUUCAUCUUUUCAAAGUGCUCUCUGUAUCUUUUGAGGAAAGUGCCAAGUUAAUUGUACAUUCAAUUCUAUGAUUGCUGGUGAUGUAGAGUAAUUGCCUCUCGGAUGAGAAAGUGUGGGGAAACCUGGCGUUGUGGUUAUUGUUUACGUCUGUGUGGUGAAAAUGCUGUUCUUGAAUGUUCGUCAGUAACAGUGAAAAAAUGGUGAGGAAGCUGGGAUUUGCAAGCCUCCGACCUCAUUUUGCUUUAAGCGGCGUCUAUUUUGCAGGCUAGUUUCAAUUCCUGAUGAAGAGCUUCUUAAAAGAGAGUAUGUUUCCUGUGUUCCUCGCUCUGUGUGCCAUGCUGUUUCAUGGGAUAAAAACCACUUUUGCUGGCUCCUGGAUUGUGGCCCAGCGUAGAAACUGCAAGGUUUAUAAGAGAGCAUGAACUUGCAUAGAACUUCAUGCAAAAAAUUGAUUAUAAGAAGGGAAGCCAUAUAAUCUACUUGUAAAAUGCACAAUCAGCAAACCAAAAAGAACCUGAUGUAGGAAAGCCUUUUUUUAUUUGGCGUUUCUAUCUUUAGUCUCACGGUGACAAUCUGUUAACAGUCAGGUUUGGCAUUAGUGUUCAUUGACCUCGUGUGAUGCUCAGGAUUCUGUAGAUGCUAAGAUGAGCAAUUGUCCCAAGUACAGUACUAGCUUAUUUGACUAGGGUUUGUUAACACGAAUACAGCUGUUUUGUCUAAGACAUGGUGAGGACCAAACGUAUAAUGGGAAAUUAAUUUCCUUUUAACAAAUGUAAGGCUUGACUUAUCAAAAAGAGACAAUUUUUAUACUUUCUUUGCUAAGGUCCCAUACAUUUUGUGUACAGAAUCAUUUAGACUUUUUAUUGUUCUUUAAGGUUUUUUUUAAGUAUGAUUUUUAAAUCCAUGAACGCAUGAUGCUAGUUAUCUAUUAAUCACAAUCAGAUUUGAUAUUUUAAUACUGUAUUAUCCUAAGUCUACAGUAUAUUAAGCAUAAAAUCUGUUGUACCUUAUAAAAAGUUUUUCAACAGCUACGUUAGGAGAGUGGACUUAUAUAGGCUUUUGAAUUAUUUUUUUUAAGAAUAAUACUAAUUUAAAAAAAUCCCCCUACUUUCACCUUUUAAAACAUACUGCUUAGAGACCAUUACAAUUUUUUAAUAGAUUCAGUGCCAUUUACUGAAGAUCUGUGUGCCAAGUGCUAUGCAUCUCCAUAUGUUGGCCAAGCACCUGUAACAAUUCAACAUUAAGUUUAUGCGCACAGCACUGUGCUGACAUGCCUUUCAGUUGUAUUGGAAAAUCUGCACCCAGUCCACUCAUCUAAUGCUCUGCACUGUCUGCAGAAAGUGAGCCCUGAGCUUUGACUUCUCGUAAAAAGUUCUUUGCCAAAGGCAGGCUAAGAUGGAAUUCACCUGCUGUCAUGGUUGCCGAGACAGUGGACAAGUAUAUAUCCCCUUGCAGUAUGCUGGUCCCUGAAUGUUUGCUGUUAACCUGGAGGUCCCUGCCAUUUAAUUCGAUAGUCUACUUUGUUGACAAGACAUUUCAACAUUAGCAAUUUGGAGAGAAGAAAGCAUCAUUCAAUAGUGGGGAGUCUUACUGUCUAAGUUGUCCUAACUUUAGUUCUUUAAAUAAAUAUAUUUGGGAAAAGCAUUGAUAUAUUGCUCUUGUUUUCAGAAGUUUUUCUUUUUUAAACACAGGGCGGUCCCCUCUCUCACUUUUAAGAAAAAAUGUACGCCACAAAACAUUCACCAAUCCAACAAUUUCUACAUGUACAAUUCAGUGACAUUGAUUACAUUCUUCAUGGUGUACAAUCGUUCUUGGGAUCCUUUUCCAAAAUCUGUCAUCAAUAAUGUAAGCUCAGUUGCCCCAAAGCACAAUCUCUCCCCUUCCCUUUCCUUCUUACGCUUGGUAACCACUGAGAGUCUUGGGUUUCUUUCUGUUUGCUCAUUUCCUUUACGUGAGAUAAUUUUUUGUUUGUUUUGUGAUUCAUUUAUUUUGCUCAGCAAAUUUUCAAGAUUUAUGUUGCAGCAUGUGUGGGGAUGUCAUUUCUCUUGGUGACUGAGUGAUGUUCCAUUUAUGGAUAUUCCACAUUUGGGUUAUUCAUCUAGAAGCUCAUUUUGAGAAAUGAUAUACACAUAUUAUCAAUGUAUAAUUGUAAAACAACAGAAGUGGAGCAUCUUUGUUCACAGCUGAGCAGGAUCUAGAUGCCUACUCACCUGGCUACCUCUUCCCAGUCCUUCCUGAAAGCUUCUCAGCAGGCCCGAGUUACCUCACCUGGACGCUUAGGCAUCAUUGGCCAUGACUAUUCUGUCACCAUGGGUGGCUUGAUUUAGCCCUUACUUUUAUAUUCUACCGUCAUUAAUUGCCUUUAAAAGUUUUCUUCUUCUUCACUGUUGAUUGGCUUUAUUGGAAGAAGUGGGAUUCUUUUAAAUUAGGUCAAUGGGUACUUGUUUGCAGCAUUUAUAAUCUCUAGAUUACCACUUUAUAAAAUUCUUACCAGUUCAACACUCCCAUUUAGCACAUACUGAUUUAAUAUUGUUUAAUAUUAAAAUACUCAUUUCUCACCAUUUAUUCAAAUGACAUGACUUUAAAAACGUGUUUGGAGAAAAAAUCGAUUGUAAACCAUUAUGCAAUCAUGUAUGUUACAAACAUAUUGGAGUAGCAGUGGCCUCAAUAGAUGUACUAUUUCUCACAUAUAUCUUUAUUAUCAAUAAAGAAGAUCAGAGAAGAAUUGAUGUGUUUGAAUAUUGGUGUUGGCAAAGAAUAUUCAAAGUACAAGGUACUGCAAAGAGACCAACCGCGUUUGUCUUGGAAGAACGCUCACCAGAUUGCUGCUUAAAAGAACGGGAGAGAGACUUCCUCUCGCUUGUUUUCAGCAGGCAAUGGCCCUGGAAAGGGGCAGCAUGUUUGCAGAAGUAGAGGCUGAGUGGAAAAGAAGAGCCGCAAGGAGAUGGAUUGCCCCAGUACUUGCAACGAUGGCCCUGUGAGGAUGGCACGGGGCCAGAUCGUUCUGUGGUACCCAUGGUCACUGAAAUGAGCUGACUCAGGCCUUUGUUAACUUGUUCUCAGAGAAAAAGAUACACCAGCUAGCCUGUCACUAGAUUUACUACUUGUAAUUAUAUGAGGAAUUAAAGUGUAAAAUUCCUAUUAAACUCAAAGAACUUGUAAUACGGAAAAGGACCCAGCAUGCAGAACUGAAAUUUUAAGAAAGUAUAAAAAUGUGAAGUCAGACCAGGGAUUUACAACUGUUCACUGUGGUUGUGCCUUAGGUAGCUUUUUCCAAAAUGCGUUCAGGGGUCUGUUACUGCUUGUGCUGCCUUUUGACAUACUUUGUCUUUCUCAUUUUGUAAGUUUGGGGGAAAGCCAUUUAAAAACAGACCCUGCUGGUUUCCUUGUGUGUGUGAUUGAUAGUCAUGGAAGUACACAUAAGGCAAGUCGGAAAUUUGUGAUUCUUAGAGGCUUUUGUGCUUUCACAGAGGCCAUAAAUAUGAAGUGUAUACGUUACCAAUAUAUGAAUCGAUGUUAAGUGUAUCUUCCAUUUGAAUUCUCUUUGAAUAAAGGUAUUUCUUGAUGUAA